UAAUAAUAAUAAUAGCAUUGACUAGUAUUGUCUUAAAAAGUGUUUAUUUCCUAUACAUAAUCCAGCUUUCUUCAUCUUUUCCUUGUUCCUUUUUAUCUGCUAUAAUCAAGCAAGAAGCUGGUGAAUUCCUCUUCAACGUACGACAGUCCAAGAUGUUGUUUCCUCGACUUGUUUUUGCUUCAAUAUUCAUUGCCUGUUGCAUCACAACUUUUGCAUUUGGAGCAGCUACUCUUCCCAAUGAUGAAGUGGAAGCUUUGAAAAGUAUAAGCAAGAAGCUAGGGAAGAGAAAUUGGAACUUUGAUGUUGAUCCAUGCAGUCGAGAGCCUAGUUGGUUUGAGAUAGAAAACUCCAAAUAUUACGAUAAUAAUGUUACCUGUGAUUGCUCCUUCUCCAAUAACACCAUUUGCCAUGUCGUUAACAUACUGCUCAAGUCACAAAAUCUGUCAGGUAUUCUCCCUGCAGAAUUGGUCAGGCUCCCUUUCCUCAAAGAAAUUGAUCUCACUCGCAAUUACCUUAGUGGCGAAAUUCCUUCACAAUGGGGUUCUAUGCAACUGAUCAACAUUAGCCUUCUUGGAAAUCGUUUAACAGGUUUAAUCCCAAAAGAGUUGGCAAAUAUAAGCACUCUGACCAGCUUAGUCCUCGAGGAAAAUCGUCUUUCGGGAACUUUGCCUCCAGAGCUUGGGAAUCUAACAAACAUUGAAAGAAUGCAUCUUAGUUCGAACAAUUUUAGUGGAGAAUUGCCUGAAACAUUUGCUAGGCUCACUACAUUAACGGAAUUUCGGAUUGAUGGCAACAACUUCACAGGAAACAUUCCCUACUUCAUCUUCCAGAAUUGGACGAAACUUGAGAAACUAUACAUUCAGGCUAGUGGUUUGAGUGGGCCAAUUCCAGCCAUUGUUGCUUUGCAAAAUUUAACUGACUUGAGAAUUAGUGACUUGAAUGGAGCUGAAGCAUCUUUUCCGCGACUUAGUAAUUUGCCUAAAUUGAAAAGACUGAUAUUGAGGAGUUGCAAUCUCACCGGACCGCUGCCUGAUUCUCUUGGGGAAUUGACAACAGUAAAGAUCUUAGAUGUCAGCUUUAACAGACUCAGAGGAGGAAUUCCAGACACACUUUCUUCCCUUAAAGAUUUGGAUCAAUUGUUUUUAACUGGAAACAUGUUUACUGGACCAAUACCUCAAUGGAUACCGGAAACAAACGCAGAUAUGGAUCUUUCAUAUAACAACUUCACAAGAAGAGUACAAAACUGUCAACAGAAGCGCUUGAAUUUGUUUGCAAGCACGUCAAGGAUCAAUAACUCAGGAACUGUUUCAUGUUCGGAAAGCCCUCAAUGUCCAGCAGAACCUUUGCACUUUCUUUAUAUAAACUGCGGAGGGAAAGCAGUAGAAGUUAAUGGUAACGCUUAUGAAGCUGAUACUAAUAUAGCUGGGCCUUCUACAUUUGUCCAAAGUGAUGCAAAUUAUUGGGCAAUUAGCAGCACUGGUGUUUUCUUGGAUGAUGAUUCAAAAGACGACUUAGUUAUCGACCUUCCGAACAUUACACAACUUUCUAAGAAUGAUCGUCAACUAUACACAACUGCACGCCUUUCACCUAACUCUUUGACUUACUAUGCAUUCUGUCUGAAGAAUGGAACAUACAAUGUGAGCCUCCAUUUUGCGGAGAUACAGUUCACUGAUGAUAAGUCAUUUAGCAGUUUAGGGAGGCGGAUGUUUGAUGUUUACAUUCAGGGAAAGCGGGAGCUGAAUGAUUUCAACAUUAAGGAUGAAGCGGGUGGGGUUGGCAAACCAAUUUUAAAAAACUUUACGGCAUUUGUGACUGAUGGCACUGUAAAUAUCCGUUUGCAAUGGGCUGGAAAAGGCUCUACUUCUAUUCCCCGGAGAGGAGUUUACGGUCCUCUUAUAUCAGCAAUAUCAAUUUUUGAUCCUCAUUAUAAACCUCCAAGUGGAAACGGUGGUGGUAUCUCUGCAAGCGUGGUGGUUGGAAUUGUGGCUGGAGCAACAUUUGCUACCUUCCUGAUUAUGGGUAUUCUGUGGUGGAAUGGCUGUUUAAGACAGAAGAGUACAUUGGAACGAGAUCUUAAAGGUAUAGAGUUGCAGACCAGUUCCUUUACCUUGAGGCAAAUUAAAGCUGCCACAAACAACUUUGAUGCUACUAAUAAGAUUGGUGAAGGUGGUUUUGGUCCUGUUUACAAGGGCAUUCUGGCAGAUGGCAUAGAAAUCGCUGUUAAGCAACUAUCUGCUAAAUCAAGGCAAGGAAACCGUGAGUUUGUGACAGAAAUUGGCAUGAUUUCAGCUCUACAACAUCCUCAUCUAGUAAAGUUGUAUGGAUGUUGCAUCGAAGGAAAUCAAUUGCUGCUUAUAUAUGAGUACCUGGAAAACAACAGCCUUGCACGUGCAUUGUUUGGCCCAGAAGAAUUUCAAUUGAAAUUAGACUGGCCAACAAGACGGAAUAUCUGCAUUGGCAUAGCAAGAGGUUUAGCUUAUCUCCAUGAAGAAUCAAGGUUGAAGGUUGUCCAUAGGGACAUUAAGGCUACCAAUGUGUUGCUCGAUAAGAAUCUAAACCCCAAAAUAUCUGAUUUUGGUUUGGCCAAGCUUGAUGAAGAGGAUAAUACCCACAUCAGCACCCGAAUUGCUGGAACUUAUGGCUAUAUGGCCCCUGAAUAUGCAAUGCAUGGUCAUUUAAGUGACAAAGCAGAUGUAUAUAGUUUUGGGAUCGUGGCUCUUGAAAUUGUUAGUGGCAGGUGCAACACUAAAGACCGGUGGAAAGAAGAAUCUUUCUAUCUCCUUGAUUGGGCUCAUAUUCUGAAGGAGAAAGGGAGCUUGUUGGAUUUAGUCGAUCCAAGGAUAGGCUCGGAUUUCAACAUAGAAGAGGUGAUGGUGAUGAUCGAUGUGGCUCUUCUAUGCACUAAUCCUACUGCAGCAGCUAGGCCUUCUAUGUCUUCUGUGGUAAGCGUGCUUGAAGGCAGGGCUGCUGUCGGAGAGUUGAUUACAGAUUCAAGUGUUUCUACUAAAGAAUUGAAUCCGGAGGCAAUGAAGAAGUUUUAUCAGCAAAUCGAAGAAAACGAUGAAGAAAACGGCCAGACAAAGAGUAUGUUAGGAGAUGGGCCAUGGGCUAUUUCUUCUACGUCUGCUUCUGAUCUCUAUCCAGUCAAUUUCACUUCUGGUUAUUGGCAGAAUAGAGAUUCCACAAAUUAAGAAAAUUGUCAUGAUUAGCAGUCAGAAUACUUCAUAACUAGGAAUGGUACUACAAAUAUUUUUCUUGUGUGAUGUGAAUACUUUGAAGGUCCAUUUGUAAAAAUUGUUUAGUGUGAUGAUAAAUGAUAAUUUGUUCUUGGUUAUGUUUCAAAUUCAGAAAGGGUAGUGAGAUAAGACAGCAAUAGUAUGAAUAGGAUGAGGAUUGCUAUAAGCUAUAGCACAUAGUUAGCAGCUGGUCUCGACCAGUUCUGGGGAUUAUGGUUGUUAAUUUUGGCAUACCAUGCAUUCUUUUCUUUUUUUCUUUUUUGGUUUAACUUCUUGAUGCAAUAUGUUAAAGAAUUCUAUAGUAGUUUUCUGCCAAUUGGGACAAAGAAAAAGAGAAGUCUUGGAACAUUUGUUAACACUGGGGAAUAUCCUCCAAAUAAAACACCAAAAAUUCUUUUCUUCCACAGGGGUUUCAUUUUGUAACAAGGUCUCAACCUAUA